GCAAUACACCAGCUUGGCUGCAGGAGUUGCCGGAAGGAGGCAUACAAGAUACCAUCCAACCACCUUAAGGACUCUGCUCUGGAUUAGGGUUUACUCCUUAGCCUUUUGUUCUCCCGAAGAUGUCCUUCAAGGCACGGCCACUAGGAGUCAGCUGUCAGAAGCGAAGCCUGUAUAUGUAAACAACCCGCCAGCCAAUUGCUGCCUCCUGUCAUUUCAAAUCCAUCCAGUGGGUUUCUUUUUGAAUUGUUAACGUCUCUGUGAGUCACAGAGCCUUCCUGACAGAUCGCUUGUGCUUUCGAACAGGGCACCCGGCGGUGGAAAUCUUCAGAGGGGGCUGGUGGUGGUGGGAGAUCCUUCCUACCAGCUGAAGAUCCCUUUCUUCUCCGACCUGACACGACAUGAGGAGGAAAGAACCCACAUCGGGCAGGUCCAGGGACACCCCGGUGAGAAGGUCAAGUCGCUUGCAACCGGACAGAGUUGGAGAGCAGGUUUCAAGGGAACCGCAAAGCUUUAGAGGAAGUCAUGUCGCUGACAUCCUUUCUCCCAGGGAGAGCAUCAGAGCUCACAGGAAGCAGGCCGAGCCAGCCAAGGACCCAUCGCCCAGUCCCCCCAGAGGUUCUUCACAAUCGUCGGAAGAAGCAGAAGCUCAUGAAGACAGCAGGCAAACCGUGUUGGAAAGAGACACCCCCUUGUCCCCCUUUGUCAGGCUGAGGAGACUGGAUGUCCCACAGGAAGAGGAGCCUUCCCCACCCCGAAACGGGGCAAAGGAGCUGCCUCAACCAAACAUCGAGUGGGAAGUGGUGAAAGACAAGAGGGCCCGGCUACAGGUUCUGGAGACCUCUCAGCUGCGAAGCACCAAGGCAAGGCCCCAGAUGGAGAGGAGGACAACGGCUAGCUCACAAGGCAGGGUGCAAAACGAGACGUUUGCCCUUGGGCAGCAGAGCAGGGCAGGAAUCGAUGCCAGGUCCCAGGCACCAACCAUGAAGAAGGCCGACUCUUCUAAGUCACAGGCAGGAGCCCCCCAAAAGUGGGCCAAGCGUCUCCCAUAUCGGUCUGUUCUCUGUUUCCUUCUUUUCUUUCUUAUCCUGGGCUUUGUUUGCUGGUUCACAUGGAAACACGGAAACCCUGGCUCCUUCCUGGGGCUGGUGGGAUACGAAGCAUGGAGAUGGAGCAGCUUCCCAAAACUGUGGAAUGCGGCGGAGGAGUGCAGUAGUCAGUGCAGCCUGGUGUUGGUGGAGAGCAUCCCGUCCACUUUGGAUUACGAAACGCUGACUCCUCACCAUCCAAGCAUCUACCAGGCUUGGAUGAACCUCCUGGAUGGUGCCAACAGCAGUGUGGAGAUAGCAGCUUUCUACUUCACCCUACGGGACUCCGAUGUUCACGUGGAGGAUCCCUCUUCGAAGCAGGGCAAAGCGGUGUUUGAGUCUCUGCGGGCCUUGCCUUCUCGCGGGGUGAAGCUCAGCAUCGCUGUGAACAGCCCCCAGUCUUCCCAGUACGACACAGAUGAAUUGGCCCGCCACGGUGCAGAUGUGCGGUACGUGGACAUGAAGAACCUGACGGGAGGCAUCUUGCACACCAAGCUAUGGGUGGUGGAUCAGAAGCACAUCUUUGUGGGCAGCGCCAACAUGGACUGGCGCUCCCUCACUCAGGUUAAAGAGCUGGGCGCUGUGCUGUACAACUGCAGCUGCCUAGCUAGGGACCUAGACCGAAUCUUUGCCAUAUAUCGCAUCCUGGGGAAAGAUGGGGCCUCCAUCCCACCCAAGUGGCCGGCGGACCUGGCUGCCAAGUCUGGCCUGACUCAUCCCCUGAAGCUGCAGCUGAAUGGCACCGGCGGUCAGCUGUAUCUGUCUAGCUCUCCACCGGCCCUCUGCUCCGCAGGCAGAACCUCUGAUCUCACCGCCAUUUUGAGCACCAUCGAGGAUGCUGAAGACUUUGUCUACAUUGCUGUGAUGGACUAUGAGCCCCAGUGCACAUUCUGCAAACCAAAGAGGUUCUGGCCGGUCAUUGAUGACGCUCUGCGCACUGCGGCCUGCGAAAGGCGGGUGAAGGUGCGUCUCCUCAUCAGCUGCUGGAAACACUCGCAUCCCGCCAUGUUCGUCUUCCUGGAUUCGCUCAGAGUGCUCAGCUACGAACCUCUGCAUUGCCCCAUUGAAGUGAAACUCUUUGUCGUUCCCUCGGAGGGAGAGCAGCCACCGAUCCCUUAUGCGCACGUCAAUCACAACAAGUACAUGGUGACCGACAGAAUCGCCUACAUUGGUACCUCCAACUGGUCUGAAGAUUACUUCACCCGCACUGCAGGCGUGGGUCUGGUCGUCAACCAGAGCGAGGCCUCUGCAGGAACCCCGGGACAAACCCUGCGCCAGCAGCUGGAGAAAGUGUUUAUCCGGGACUGGGACUCUCCCUACGUUCAGCCGCUCAGCAAACACUGGGAAUGUUCGAGGAAGUGACGGCAGAGGGUGGACCACUCCACUCCUUGCCUGGAAACAGGUUCAGGGCUCGGCCUCGCUCUGACCCCUUGACCUGGAAACACUCCUUUCAACAUCCUGCAGUUUAGAAGCUCUUGCCUUGGUGCCCCUGCUCCUGUGCUUGCGUCCCGGAGGAAUCUGGCCAGCAGGCGAUGUUGGGGGUGGGGGGAAAGGAAGUGGGACUCUUUGGGUCAUCAGUCUGACCCAGAGAGGUUGCUUCUGAAACUCCUAAGCAGCCGCUCAUUCUGUUGGCACAAGUGAGGAACAGCUACAGCUGCUUGGCCACCAGAGAUGGAGCGCUCUUGCGCAUGCCUAGGGAACCUGUGGCCUUCCAUAUGUUGCUUAACUCCCAUCAUCCUCAGCACAGCCAACUCACUGCAAGGGAUGAUGGGAGUUGGAGUCCAGCAACAUCUCAACAGGUUCCUCACUUCCCCACUGUAGGGUGGGACGAGCUGCAGCUAAGAGCAGAAAUGUGAACUCAGGGUGGGAGGAGUAGGGCAGGAAGGGGGUUGUAGCUGCCGCCCAGCUCCCUGUUUACACCAAGGAUGGGGGAGCCUGCAGUUGCCCACCUCCCAUGUUGAUGGACUUCACCACCCUGAUCGUUGACCGUGCCAAUGGGAGUUGGAGUCCAGCAAAAUCUGGAGGGCCGCCAGUUGGCCACCCUUGCUUUACAGGAGGAGUGGGGGGGACCCUGGUCCUGGGGGCCAAAUGCGACCCUCUGGACAUCUCUGUUGGGCCCACCCACUCCCCAGGUGGCAUCCCUCCCUGGCCCUGCUCUCAGGCCUUUCCCCCAGGAAUUGUGGCUCCAUGGUGAUAAUGCAUCUUGGUGGCCUGGGUGGAGGAUGGAGAGGCAUGUGCCUGGAACACAGCCUAGUUCCCGUAUUUUUCGCUCUAUAAGACGCACCCUUUCCCUCCUGAAAAGUAAGGGGAAAUGUGUGUGCAUCUUAUGGAGCGAAUGCAGGCUGCGCAGCUAUCCCAGAAGCCAGAACAGUGAGAGGGAUCACUGCACUCCCUCUCGCUGUUCUAGCUUCUGGCUUAGCCGCACGCAGCCUCUUCAGGGCAGCGGGGAGCCUUCAUCCCGCUGCCCUGAAGAGGCUGCGCAGCUAUCCCAGAAGUCAUACAGGCUCUGCGCAGUGCUCCCUUUAAAGAAUUGUUUUUUCUUACAUACCCCGUCUAAAAACUAGGUGUGUCUUAUCGUCGGGUGCAUCUUAUGGAGCGAAAAAUACGGUAUGAGUAUCAGAGGCUGGCCCAUUAGGGCAAAUGGGGCAACCUCAACUUGCCCUCACCUACCUGCCUGCCUUCUUACUUAAGGCUAGUCCAGGGAACGGCCCUGCCUAUCAUCUUCCUCCUGUGUAGCCUCAGUGUUGUAAAACUCAGCAGGGAGGAAGAUGAGGAUGUGACUAAACUGGAAUGGUGGGUUCAAGCUGUGACAUUGGUUCUGGCUUCACUGUUGGGCUCCUUUGCCUUCCACCUCCCCAGUCCCAAUGGGCACCAGCCACCGCUCUGGACAAAGCUAAGAGCCACAUCUGUCUCUCCAACCACUUUUUUUACAGCCCGCCCCCCAUUCACCACUGGCCCGUGGCCCCAAGAAGGCAAUGUGUAAAUGCCCCUACCAGCCUGGCUUUACAGAGACGGAUGUUUACAUUCCAAUAUUUCUUUUCGUUUGUUUGCUAGCUUGCCAAAGUUUUCCAGUUGCCCAGUUGGCAGAGAAUGGCGCUGCCUUCUGCCUCGCUCUCUCCUUGCUGCUUGACCCGAACAAGGUCACAUCUGUACCCUCCGUCUAAAGCAGGUGUAGGCAAACUCGGCCCUCCAGAUGUUUUGGGACUACAAUUCCCAUCAUCCCUGACCACUGGUCCUGUUAGCUAGGGAUGAUGGGAGUUGUAGUCCCGAAACAUCUGGAGGGCUGAGUUUGCCUAUGCCUGGUCUAAAGCAUUCUCUUAGUCGUGGCUUCCCCCACAGAAUCUUGGAAAUUGUGGUUUAUUAGGUUUCGCUCAUCAGCUCUUAGAACACUUUAUGAACUACACUUCCCAAGAUUCUUUGCGGGAGGCAUACCUGUUAAAGCGGUAUGAGAGUACCCUGGAAUGUACUGGAGCAUUUGAAAUAGGUGUAGAUAAGCUCUGAAGGGAGGGGAGUGCUGGGACUCAAGUAAGAUGAUUAGCUGCCUUCCUGCAGGUGUUUUUAUUCUAGGGGCAUGGCUGUGUAUGUGUGUGCAUCUUUCAAAGAUAUAUCUUAGCAGUGCAGCUAUGUACAGGUUUGCUAAAGGGAUGAUGAUAUUGCUUUUUUAUGUUGUAUAUCCCCUAUAAGGGAAGAGGAUCAGCA